CAGACAGACCGUCUUUCCCAUUGCUUCCCAUAGCGCAUUUCAUAAAUAUGACUCUCGCAGUAGAUUUGUUGAAUCCCUCAUUUGAGCAAGAAAAGCAAACAUACAAGCUCAAGCGUCUCGUGCAGUCUCCCGACUCUUACUUCAUGGAUGUCAAGUGUCCAGGCUGUUUCAAUAUUUCGACAGUCUUCAGUAAUGCGCAAACAGUUGUCCUCUGUAGCUCCUGUGCCACCGUCCUUUGCCAACCUACUGGUGGACGUGCGCGCUUGACUGAAGGUUGUUCUUUCCGCCGAAAAAUGGCGUAAAGCCUUGCUUUAUGUACUUGUACAACGCUGGCAGUUGUAUGAAAUAUACAACGACAACUCAAAAGUUCUCUUACAACUGGUGGUUUUUUGCGUUUUUGCUCCUUAUAUCAAUCUCACUUCAAAGCCAAGGUGCUCCUAGGAUUUUUAUAUUUUUCCACUCUAAACAGUUACAGUAGAGCGUCCAUACCAGGCUGUUCCAAUUUAAUAAACAACGGCAUUAUAACAUA